UGUGCGACAUCGACAACCAGUUCCUUGUUGCUGCUUCCAGUUCCGCCCCACGUACCAGAACACUUACCGCCUCGAGCCCAAGCGGCCGUGGGCCGAGGAGGCUGCGCUCGGGUGCCUCCGGGAGGUGAUGCACGAGAUGCUCGGCGCGGCGGAGUACGACCCCGUCAAGAGCGGCGAGCUGGCGGGGGCCGUGGCCGCGGAGGUCCGGACCAGGAUACAGGAGCUCAACUUUGACAGGUACAAAGUUGCCUGCGUUGUCAACAUUUAUGAGAAGCUGUUCCAAGGCAUUCACUCAGAGCUGGGAUACCUCUGGGAUGUGCAGCGUGACCAUUUUGCAACGUACUAUUUCAGCAAUACCCACAUCAUUGCGACUGGAACUGUUUUUGGCGUUUACUUUGAAUAGAAAUAUUCAAAAACAAUAUAGUGACUGGAAUUGUUUUGAGGGUUUACUUAGAACAGAAAAUUUCAACAUAAUAAAAAUUCAGUGUCAUUA